GCCCUUAGAUGGUUUAGGAGGUUGACGGUUCCCAAGCCGCCCUGCGUCUGUUGCUAUGGCAACUAAAUUAGCGGCCGGAAGCGAGGCCUAGCCAGCCCCCCGCCCGCUUUCCGGUAGCCGCGCCUCGCCUCCGCCCAGGUGGGCUCGGGCCGGGACUGGGGGGAUUCUGGGAGUCUGCGCUAGGCGUCCUGGACUGCAGGGAGCCGAGACCUUGACCCAGGCGGACCCCGUCUCUCCUGACUACCUUUCUUCUAGUUCAGGCUUAGGGGGUCCCGGGGCUGGGCGGCGGCUGGAGCCGGGCGUGUGAGUUGAGUGCGUGUUUGGAGCGAGGUGCGGGGGCCGGCGGUGCCCCGAGGAGUUGCCCUGGAGCCAUGAGCAGGGAGGCUGGGCGAGCGUCCUGGGGCCGGCGGCGGAGGGGCGAGCUGGCGGCGGAGGGGCCGGGCGGCUGCGCGGGGCCCAGUAGGUGGGCGCCGGGAGUCCAGCGACUCCGGGGGAAGCGGUGGGAUGCUGGGUCGUUGCGGAGCUGCGGCGGGGCGAGGCGCCCGACUCGGAGCUCGCCGCGGGAGACACGCAGCGGGAGUGCGGAGCGGGAGGCGGACGCGGUGGAGCCGGCGCGGGAGGCCGCUCGGGCGGACGAGGCUUCGGGGACGCCGGCCCCUGCAGGCGCGGUGGAGGCUGCGAAGGACCCCGGGGCUGUGUGGGUGAACGGGGCCGUGGGGGAGCCCCAGCUGGUGGGAGCCGCCGGCUCUGUGUGGCUGACCGGUCCUGGGGACGACGGGGACGCCGUGGGAAGGAGCCCUCCCCGCGCUAGUGAGAAGAAAGGCCGCCCGGGGUCGGCGGGCACCGAGAGCAUCGUGGAGUUGUGGCUGAGAGUUCAGGCCACGAGAGCGGCUUCGGGCUGUGCCGAAGGGAGCCGAGUGGAGCUCCACCCUGUGCCCGCCGGCGAGGGCCCGGUUGAAAGGGGCAUCCCCGGCAGGGCCUCGUGGCUGGAGACCAGCCGCAGGGGUAUCACAGGGCCGUGGGUGAAAGGGCAGGCGAGGGCCGCGCCCGCGGGCGCAGGAGUCUCCACGGCGAUGGGACUGCGGGCGCUUUGUCUGAGGGUCUCAGACUUGUGCGGCCGCAACCUGGCCCUGAGGGUGCCGCAUCUUAUGGCUUUGCGUCGACUUCGGGAGGCCUGUGCUAGGAGAGAACAAGCUGCAGGGGAACCUGGGCCAGUGGAGGAGAGAGGUUGUGGACUUGCCCCAGGCUCUCAGGAUAAGGUACCAGUUGUGGGGGUGCCUAGCGCCAUGCAGUGCCCUGAGCCUGUGGGGGUUCCUCAAGGUGUGGAGGCUCCAAAAGCUGUGGAGGUGCCUAGAGCUGUGGACGUACCCAGAGCUGUGGAGGUGCCCAGAUCUGUGGAGGUGCCCAGAGCUGUGGAGGUGCCCAGACCUGUGGAGGUGCCCAGACCUGUGGAGGUGCCCAGACCUGUGGAGGUGCCCAGAUCUGUGGAGGUGCCCAGAUCUGUGGAGGUGCCCAGACCUGUGGAGGUGCCUAGAACUGUGGAGGUGCCUAGAGCUGUGGAGGUGCCCAGACCUGUGGAGGUGCCCAGACCUGUGGAGGUGCCCAGAGCUGUGGAGGUGCCCAGACCUGUGGAGGUGCCCAGACCUGUGGAGGUGCCCAGACCUGUGGAGGUGCCCAGACCUGUGGAGGUGCCCAGAGCUGUGGAGGUUCCUAGAGCUGUGGAGGUGCCUAGAGCUGUGGAGGUGCCCAGAUCUGUGGAGGUGCCUAGACCUGUGGAGGUUCCUAGAGCUGUGGAGGUGCCCAGACCUGUGGACGUGCCCAGAGCUGUGGAGGUGCCCAGAUCUGUGGACGUGCCCAGAGCUGUGGAGGUGCCUAGAACCGUGGAGGUGCCUAGAACUGUGGAGGUGCCCAGACCUGUGGACGUGCCCAGAGCUGUGGAGGCUUCCCGAGCUGUGGGGGUAUCCAGAACUGUUGGGGUUCCCCUAGCUGUAGCGGUACCCCGAGCUGUGGAAGUAAAAAGGAUUGUUGGGGUUCCUAGAACUGUAGAGACUCCUAGAGCUAUGGGUGUACCCCAAGCUAUGGAGGUUCCUAGAGCCGUGGGGGUAGCCAGAGCUGUGGAGCUACCCAGAGCUGUGGGGGUAGCCAGAGCUGUGGAGGUUCCCCGAACUGUGGGGAUACCCAGAGCUGUGGAGGUACCCCAAGCUGUGGAGGUACCCCAAGUUGUGGAGGAAGACAUAGAGAGAAUAGUGGGAGCAGUAGGCGGUAGGGUUGCGCCGGAUUUGUGGGGAAGAGGGCAGGUAGUACAGGUGCCUGAGGCUCUGGCACAAGUGGCCAGCUGUGAGGAUGCUUCAGGCUUAUGGGGAAGGAGACAGCCUAUGGAGUUGUCUGAUACUGUGGAGGAGGAAGCUGCCUCUGUAGGUGCCUCAGGUAUGUGGCCAAGGGGACAGAUAGUGGAGGAGAGUGACUCUGAGGGUAUCCCUGGCCUGUGGGGCACAGGACAGCUUGUAGGGAUACCAUAUGCUAUUGAGGAAGAACCUAGAGUUGGGGGUGACCCAGGAUUCAGGGACAGGGGACAGGCCAUGUGGGGAGAGACUGGCUCUGGAGGUGACCCAAGACCAUGGGAAGCUGCACCAACAGGGAGAGGUCCUAGAGGUGCUCUAGGUCACUGGGGUCUGGAACAGGCUGCGGAAGUCCCUCAGGCUUUAGAGAAGGAGGCAAGCUAUGGGGGAAUCUCAGACUUGUGGGAAACAGAACAAGCUGUGACAGUACCUGGAGCUUGUGCCCCAGGCCUCUGGAAUGGGCAACAGGCAGAGGCUGAGCCAAUGAGUAUUGGGGAGGAGACAUAUUAUGGGAAUAUCCUGAAUUCCUGGGAAAGGCGACAGGCUUUGAGGGAGCAAGAGGCACUGGUGCCUUCAGAUUUAGGAUUAUCUGGACCAGUGGGCCAAGAGACAGGUUAUGGUGAUGUUUCAUGUCCGUCCAGGAGGAGACAGACUUUGGGAUUGUCUGGGACAGAAGGAACAUCUGAGGCAGCAGGUGUUGCCCAACACAGUGGUGUACCAGUAGGGACACCCAUAAGUAUAGUUAUGCCCAGGUCUGGAGGGGUGCCUGCCAGGGUGCCAGUCUCUGUGGGAGUAUCUAACCCUUUGCAACAGGAAAGCAGCUCUGGAGAUGUCUUGAACCCAUGGGAAAGGGUUCAUCCUGCCAGGGUCCCUGUGACAUCAGGGACACACAUGGUUACUCAAGAACUGUGGUCUGUGGCAGAAGAUGGUGGCUCUGCAGCUUUCGGGCCUGGUGGAAGGAGACGGGCUAUUGGACUGCCCACUGCUGCCAGGGUUUCUGUGCCUCCUGAGUUGCCUGGGCUUGUAGGGGAGGAGACUAGCUUUGGGGGCAUCCCGAGAUCUUGGGGAAGGAGACAGAUUGCCAGGGCGUCUAUACCUACUGAGGGGCUCACAACUCCUCGGGUGCCUGGUUUUCUGAGGAUGGAAGCUGGCUCUGAGAGUUUCUCAGACUUGCCAGGAAGGAGACAAACUUCGGGAGUGGCAGUGACUACAGGGGUGCCUUCAUUUGGUGAGGUAUUACGUAUGGCACCUAGGACUGUUCAGGAGACCAGCUCUCGAGGUAUCAUGGACUUAUCAGGGGGGAGACAGACUCUGGGGCAGUAUACAACCAGAAGGCUGCCUGGCUAUGUGGAGGAGGCAGCAUUCUCUGGGGAUGUCUUAGGCUUAUCGGGAAGAAGAGAGGUUGCCCAGGUGCCUGUGGCAGCUGGAGUUCACAGGAAUGUGCAGAUGUCCAUGGCUGCUGUCACUCCUGAUGAUGCCCCAACGGUGGACAGUGGUAGCUAUGGAGAUGUUGCCACUGUAUGGGGAAGGAGGCCUGUGACUGAGAUGCUCUCUGGUGCCAGGGCUCCUGGGCCUAUGGAGUGGGAGCCUAGUUCCGAGGAAGUCGCAGGCCAAAGGAGGAGACCCAGUGGAGGGUCUGGGGCUAUGAGGGUACCUAUGUCUUUGGGGGUGCUUGCAGCCGUAGGCAUUCCCAUGGCAGGGUGCCUGCCUGCUGCCGUGUGGGUGACUGGGUCUGCUGGAGAAGACAUAGAUAUGGCUGUCCCAGGCCUCAUGGCUUCAAGGAGACAAUCUGAAGGACCUGAGAAUUUAGUGGAGGAGGCAGAAGGUAGCAGUAUUCCAGGACUGGCUGGGAGGAGCCAGGCAGUAGGAGUGUCCAGCAGGCGAGGGGCCAGGCCAUGGAGCCACCCAGGGUCUGGGGAGGAAGAAACAAACUAUGAGAACGUGCCAGGAGUGGCCAGGGCAGGAUCCACUGCAGGGGUGCCAGAAGCUGUGGACACACCCUCAACUUUGAGGGAAGACACAGAUACUGGCCAUUUCCGAGGUCAAUCACAGCAGAAUGGGAGGAGAUGGACUGGAGGAACAUCUGGAGCCAGAGUGAGGGGGAACAAUUUGGGAGACAAUUAUGUGGGGGAGGAUAGGUCAAGGGGGUUUCAGAAGUAG